GCGGAAAACUAGAUCGAGAGCGGUGCCAGUUAGCCUACAAGCCGUUCAUUCAUCCGAGCAAGCGUAGCUUGUUUCUUUGUCCUCCAGUACAACUUCGAUAUCGUCUCUACACAGUUUCUGCUGACUUAAAUGUGAGAGAUGCCACACGGAGGCGGGCACCACGGAGGCGGGCACCACGGAGGAGGACACCACGGAGGAGGGUGGGGAGGGGGACAUCAUCAUCAUCACCGAGGAGGAGGGGGAGGUUGGGGACACCACCACCAUCAUCACGGUUGGGGAAGACACCACCACCAUGUCGGACCUCACUGGGGUGACAGGUGGGGUUGGGGCUGGGGACCUUACGGAUAUGCCGGCUACUAUCGGUACCAGCGAGCCCGUUUCUACCGGGGCUGGGGUUUCUGCAUCGGGAUGCUUUUUGUCGUCACUUUCAUCAUCGUCCUGAGCGUGUCUCUCUCGAUUCGCUACAAUGACUACGACAGCAACUCUGACAGAGCCUUUGCUCCCGGAGACACGCGAAUCCUGCCCCACUCUUCUUCGUUCUGCGACGGGCUGACCCUCUCUGGUGACGACUCUGCCACUCUCUAUCUUCUCCGCAGCACUCCACCACUCUCUGGCCCCACGAACAACCUCACGACCAAGUUCGAAGCUGACAAUCCAGCCGAUAACUACAAGUAUCUCUACUACUAUCUCUACCCUGGGUCGAAAAUGGAGAUGAAGUACUGUCUGAGUGGAACGAGUGGGCCCCUCACGUUUGCACUCAUCAAGGGGAAGAGUAACUUCAAUAGCUGGAAAGACGAUGGAGAUAGCUACCACACUCUGACUCAGUUUACCGUCUCUAAUCCCUGUUCGCAGUCAAUUAUGACAUUCCCGUUCGUCUUCACUUCCGAGGACACCUACUACUUCGUGUUUGACAAUCUCCAGCUGCGUAGCGUUCCGCUGGAUGCGACUCUUGUUUUGAACCGCACAGAGUACCUCCCCAACCAAGUCAGCAUCUACCACUCCUGCAACAUCUUAUUCUACGGUCAGUGCUCCGUUUCGGUGCCCUAUCGCUCAGGCUAUGUGGCUCUGCUAGAAGUCAAUAGCGACGAUACUGGUGGACCCGAUUCAAACCUCAACUAUAGCUGGUCGUGCAAUCCUCGCGUCUGGAUCUACGUCCUCAUUGUCCUCCUGCCCCUGCUGUUUGUGCUGGUAACGAUGUUGAUCGUGCUCACCGUGUGUAUCAUGUACGUCCGGAAGCGAAGUCAGAAGUACACGAACCUUCCCACUGUUGCCAUGGAGACCCCAGCUGAUCCGGUCGAUGCCACCAUUGCCACACCCACUGCUCCACCCCUUGUAACCCCCACCUACAACCCUCCACCUACGUAUGGAUCAACUGAGCCUGCCAACCCCCCUCCACCUUACGCUACUGAUGACUAUAAGAUGUGAACACUGUUAUCUCCCUGUUACAUUUACUACACUGUCAGUGUGUUUUUAGCAUGUUCAGUUGCUGUAGUCAUAAUUAUGUGCAUGCACAGGACUGGAGUGGCCAUACUCCACGAAACUCUGCCCCAGGCACCUAUAUAGUUACAAAACUCUGAAUCUUACCACCUGAACACUUUUUGUACUUUAUAACAACAAUGCCCAUUGAGUGACCAAUAUAUAGAACAAACUUUUGUUAAGAGGUUGAAUUAUACAUUUCGAGUGUAGAAUUAUUUUUAUGUGGAGAAGAUGAAAAUAUCAAUUAUAUACAUACGUAGUAUCUACUGAUGUUUAUGUUGAGGAGGAGGGAGAGGGAGGUAUAUUGACUCGCCCUCCUUUGCCUCAAAGAAGGUGUAUGAGAGAGUGAUGGU